CGCGUUUCACGCGUUCGUUCUUUAGUUAUUCCAAGCCCGAUGCGAUCGCGAACGCGACGUUUUGUCUCCGUCUUUUUGUUUUGACAAUUUGUUUAAAUGGGAGUAUUGAGGACUAACCUCGUUUCCCUUUGUCUGUAUUCUUUUUAACAUGGUGUGACUAUGCUUUGUUGACGUACAAAAGCAAUGUUAGCUCUACUUUCCUAAGUUAAACAAAAGUGAAUAAGUUUUCUAAAAUUCUGAAGUCAUUCAGCUACAGACCUAGUAGCAACCGUUAGUGUUACUGUAAAUUUUGUCUAGAAAGAUAAGUCCAGCCGCUCGCCGACGCAACUGUGAUGAAAAAUGUAUAAGCAGGACCUUAUUUUACUGAUAUGCGCGUGCGGUGCACUAGCAGCGCUCGACGGCUACAGCUCGCAGCAGGACCCGGACCAGUUCCACAUACAGACCGACGACGACGACGAGCGCUACUUCCUUUACCAGACGCACAACGGGCAGUACAGGAAGGAGCGUCGGCUGAAAGAUGGAUCAGUUGUCGGUACGACAGGAUGGGUCGGUGCAGAUGGCUAUCUAAGGUUGCAAGAUUACAUAGCUGAUAAUGAAGGCUACAGAAUAUACAAAUCUAAGACUGUUUUUGUGGGACAGAACCGACCUAUUGGGGAGUCACUGAAAAUAGCAAAAACCGCACCAACAGACUCUGGCUUCGGCGUAACACCUGCACCAGCCCACCGACAGGUGCCAGUGAAUCGAGGGACCCCUCGUUUCAGCACCACCACCCAAACCCCAGUGCCAUCUUCAAGCUUCGCCCCGCCCUUCCCCUCGGAAGUCUCCAUCACAGCUCGCCUCCCGACAUCGACACCUCGCGUCCACGUGUCGCCAAACUCUAUCGAUACCGUAACUCCGAAUUACGACUUCAGGGCCACCGUCCCACCGAUAACCGCAAGCGAAGCCUCGCCUUCUCCAAACUCGUACGACAGUAAUAGCAUCGAUGAUGGCUACUACGCUAGCGACAGCACACCGUACAGAAGAGUCGACAUCUACAACCCAAAUUCUUAUAGACACGCGGAUGCCUGGCUCGCAAGGCAGAGAGCCGGAGCUCAUAUCGGCGACGGCUACACUCCUCAAUUCCCUGGUUACGACGGCGUAGCUUUUAGGAGAAACGGGUUCCGGUAUUAUCUACCGAAACAGUAUCAUGAGGAGGAAACUGAUAGUUCCGAUGAACGAACGGGCAGCUUCGGAUACGUAGACCCGUUCGGUAUCCGCAGAGUGAUAUAUUAUAACACUUCGCCAGGACAAGGGUUCCAAGUACGCAAGAACAAUAGAUAUGUCGGCCACGAUGCCACGCCUUACGACCCGAGGCCAAUAAAUUAGUGUGCUUAAAAAACUUUGUAAGUGAAAUAUAGUUACCUAAUUAAAUUAUUAACUUUGAAUCAGUAUUGUUCACAUGUGACUAUUAAUGGAGACAAAACGAUUUUCGAACGACGCGAACACUUAGCCAUUAAUAUUACUUUUAAGUGUAAUUAAGUAAUUAAAAAUGUAAAAAAUGAUGCUCAUAAAUUAAGUUAUUUAACGCAUAACUUAAGUUUAUAAAAUGAGUGUAAUGAGUUAUAUGAAUUAUAUUUUAUUAACACGAUUAUUAUAAAAGCAGUAAUAAUAUUUCUGCUGUGAAACUGCACGCUUAAUAUUCUUAAUUGUAUAAUAUACGAUCAAAAUAUUUAUAUACCAAUAUUUAGAUCAAGUAAGUGCCAUCACAAACAUUGUACCUACUUAUUUAUUAUAUUGAAAAUCACAUCGUACUUACCUAGUAAUAAUAUAUAGCAAGGAUCUGGAAGAAGUGUCACGCUUUAGGUACCUGGGAAGUCAGCUACGGAACGACAAUAGCCUUGCGUCCGAAAUACCAGCCCGGAUAGCUAAUGCAGCCGCAGCACUUGGGAAACUAAACAACCGUGUUUGGCGAUCACAUGAUCUUAAAUUAACAACCAAAAUUAUGGUCUAUAAGGCUAUAGUCAUACCAACUCUUCUUUAUGCCGCAGAAACCUGGUGCUGUUACAAAGCAGAUAUUAAAAGGCUGGACUCGUUCCAUCUACGCUGCCUUCGCUCAAUUCUGCGCAUAAAGUGGCAAGACAAAAUACCAAACACGGAAGUCCUGCGUCGGGUCAAGAUGCCUGGUAUCGAGGCAUUUAUCAUCAAACACCAGCUGAAGUGGGGUGGCCACGUCGUGCGCAUGGACAAUAACAGAUUACCCAAAGCUGUAUUCUAUUCAGAACUCUCCAGCGGAAAAAGGAAACAGGGGGGUCAGUACCUGCGCCACAAAGACGUCCUCAAGCGUCACCUAAUAACUUGCGGUAUACCGAGUGAUUCCUGGGAGGAGAUUGCGUUGCAGAGAACGGAAUGGCGCGCAACUGUUCAUAAAACAGUAGACCGAUACGAGCAGCGGCGUUUAGAAGACCUAGAUGCUAAGCGCCAUCUCCGUAAGACGCGACCGAAGCCCUCGUAUACCUACACCUACAACUCAGCCGGCCAGCUCCACUGCGGACCUUGCGAUCGCAUCUUCAAAACCAAGUUUGGCUUCGCAAGUCACAUAAGAGCGUUCCAUCGUCCUAAUUAAAACAUUUGGAGGAGUCGCCAUCGUCGGACACGGCGAGGAGGACUAUAUAUAUGUCGCAGUAAGAUAGAUAAAGCCGUUAUAUAGUUAUAACCCUAGGGAUAUAAUUAUAUGACGUAACAUAGUUAUAUGAAAGCGUUUCAUUACUAUCUUACUAGGUAUAUAAAUAUAACUAUAAUACGGCUUUAGUUUAGUGAUAUAGUUAUAUUACUGGAUUAAGUUUAGUGAUAUAGUUAUAUUACUGGAUUAAGUUUAGUGAAAUAAUUGUAGGUAGGAGUGCAGCGGUGCGGCGGAGGUAUAGUUAUAUCCCUAGGGAUAUAGUUAUAUGCCGUAUAAUACUUUUUAGUAAUAUUACGUAAAAGUACAGGUCGAUUCACGAAAGCUGGCGCGAGAUUUCUACUGAGUGACAGCUAUUUUCAUUGAAAUUCUGUCAAAUCUCGCGCCAGCUUUCGUGAAUCGAUCGCAAUGCCUCAUAAACCCUUAAGAAUAGCAGCAUGAAAAUAUAUAUAAUAGUUAUCUUACUAGGAAUAUGAUUAUAAUACGGCAUAUAACUAUAUCCCUAGAGAUAUAACUAAACCUCCGCCUCACUGCCGCACUCCUAAUACCUACAAUUACUAUCUUACUAGGAAUAUGAUUAUAAUACGUAGUUACGUACUAUACGGCAUAUAACUAUAUCCCUAGGGAUAUAACUAUACCUCCGCCGCACCGCUGCACUCCUACUUACAAUUAUUUCACUAAACUUAAUCCAGUGAUAUAACUAUAUCACUAAACUAAAGCCGUAUUAUAGUUAUAUACCUAGUAAGAUAGUAAUGAAUCGCUUUCGUAUAACUAUGUUACGUCAUAUAAUUAUAUCCCUAGGGUUUUAGCUAUAUAACGGAUAUAUCUAUCUUACUGCGACAUAUAUAUAUAUAUAUACCUAGUAAUAAGACAAAAGAUAAUAAUGCAGCGAUUCCAAAAGUAUUUACUAUUUACUAUAUUAUGUCAAAAAUAGAAAAAAUGCCGUUAAGACAAUAAAACUAUCAAAUAAGGACGUUGUGACUAUCCUUAUAAUACAUAUAAUAUACCCACGCCUCAAAGUGAAGGUCAAUGAACUCAUGUGUGGUGAUUUUGUCUGUAAAAGGAAGAGUGUAGGUAGUUAAUGUAUUCAGACUAAAAAAGUAAUCCAGAUAAAAAACCUGCGUACUUAAUUUGACCACUGAUUAUAUGUAUGUAGUUAUGUAUAUGUUCAACUCAAUUGUAGCUUGCCUAUAAACAAGAUUUUGAGACCAGAUAUUUUAAAAAAACCGGGCAAGUGCGAGUCGGACUCGCGCACGAAGGGUUCCGUACCAUAAUGCAAAAAAAAAACACAAAAAAAGCAAAAAAAAAACGGUCACCCAUCCAAGUACUGACCACUCCCGACGUUGCUUAACUUUGGUCAAAAAUCUAUGCCCUAACCCUAAAAAUGGACUUUCUGACACAAUUGUUUUAAAAUGCAGGUAUUUUAAUUGACUUUAAAGUCUUAAAAAAAAUAUCCCGCCAUCAAAAUCACAUCUGCUAGUUACACCACACCAUAGUACAUGAUGCAUCCAAAUGUAUUUACAAAUAAGCCGUUUUUUGAUGUUAUUAAUAAGGGAAUUCUAUGAAUUGCUUAUACCACCAGCUUAUAACGGCGGUAAAAAAUAAUUAUAGAGUCGACCACAAAAUUUAAAAAGGUAGUACUUAAUGAUAUACACUUUAAUUAAUAUGGUAAUUUUAAUAUUGGCUGUAGAUGCUCCACAGUAACAUAGUUGUAAGUUGGUGCAUGUCUUAUGUCGCGGCCAAUAAUUCUUCAUUACACCUGCAAAUUGUCAGGGACCUAUUUGACUCGAGAUAGUGUCACAACAUAUCUAAUCGCAAAAUAUGACAGUUUGACUGUAACAGCACCGAAGUAACUAUCCUCGUAAGACCCACGUAAAUUUUUGCGCUUUUAAAUUUGGAACUUUCUUUUAUUUCUGUAAGAGUUCAAAACUGGAAUUUAAUUUGUACUUGAGCAAGUACGCGGGGACUUACGAAGCUAUGGUGAACCUCUGUUAUUUUUUUGAGUCAAAUAGGGCCCCUACAGUGACGACUUCAAAAUGGCGACUUGUUGCUGCGACUACCACGGGAAUUAAUUUAUACUGACUAGUGUUCGUGCACAAAAAAGCAGUCAAAACUUUUUAAUAAAUAUCUUAAAUGAGUAAUUUACAUUAUCACGUCAUACUGUCUGUGCUCUCGAAUAUGUAAUUUAUUCUAACCAAUUAAAUAGCAAUUUAUUUGUUACUAAUUGUUUUGUUAUUAUGGAAAAGUAUUAUAAAAUUAUAAUGACAA